AUGUGGAAUGGUAUGAGCAAAUCUGUGAGGUUGACCAAAGUUGGCUUCUUGGAUAAGACUAUUGAGGAUGUUAACCGGUAUUAUACCGGACGGUGGAAAGUGAAGAUUGGGAGAUUUGUUGAGGUUUAUGUUUAUGGUUCUUGGCAGAUUUUUGCGUUUUUGGGUGCGGUUUUGUUGUUGAUGUUGGUUUCGCUGCAAGUGCUUUCUUUGGUGUUAAGCUUCUUGAAGUUGCUUAGGUUGAGAACCGAAACCGCUGGUGAAGGUAGUCUCUGGGAGAAAGCAGAAAUGUGGAGAUCCGUUUUCUGGAGAUCGCAAAAUGCGUCUCGUAAUCUCGCUGUUUCUCGAAUCUCGAAGAAGAAGACACAGACUCCAUCGCUAACAUCCAUUUCCAGAUUCUCAAAUGUCGUCGACUCGUCGGGAAAUGCGUCUGGCCGAAACCUGAGGUUUUUCUCCGCGAGCCCUACGGAAGAGAACCCAGCCUCGUUACCUACGAAUGAGAUCCCAGUCGCGUCAGUCGCAGAGCUUACCAGUGAAGAAUCGAAUGUUUCCGAUUUGGGUUUUUCCGAAAGUGGCGAUUUUGGUGAAAAUGGUAAUUCCGUGGAAGCCAUAGUUGGUGUUGGUGAAGAUGGAGACUCAGAAAUUGUUACAAUUGAAGCUUCUGACGAUGGAUCCGUUGUAGAAGUCGGAGAUCCUCUGGCUGACGAGGUAACCAAAUUUGACGACGAAAAGUUCGAAUCUGUGCUAUCUUUGUUACGGAGCGAUGAGGAGUCCUUGGAGUUUGGUCUCAAGGCGCUCGACGUCAAUCUACACUUGGAUUUUGUGGUCAGAGUCUUUGAAUCCCCAGGAAUUUCAGGUAAGAAUUUGAUUAGGUUUCUGAAGUGGGCUUCUAAGAGAGAAGAGAUUAGUGUUACCACACAACUUGUAGAAUCUCUCGUUGCAGUAAUAUCUGGUGAUAGGCGUAGAUUGGAUGCUUAUGGUUUGUGGGAUUUGGUUAAAGAGAUUGGUGAGGAUGAGAAUAGCAGUGCUGUUUUGAAUUUGGAGAUAAUGAAUCGAUUGAUAGCCUUGUUUGGGAAGCUUGGCAAAUCCAAAGCUUCUUUUGAUGUGUUUAAUAAAACCGAAGAGUUUGGCUUUACUCCGAAUGCUCAGACUUAUUAUGUGACAUUGGAGGCGCUUUGUAAGCGGUCGUUUAUGGAAUGGGCAUGCUCUGUAUGCGAGAAGAUGCUUAAGAGUGGUGUGUUACCAGAGGGAGACCAGGUUGGUAACAUCAUAGCUUGGUUUUGCAAGGAAGGUAAGGCCGAAGAGGCUUAUUCGGUCUACGAAUUGGCAAAGGGGAAAGAGAAGUUCCCGCCUCCUAAAACUGUUGCUUCUCUGAUAAGUGCGCUCUGCAAGAAUGAUGGGACUGUUGCAUUUGCUCAGGAGAUGUUGGCUGAUUUAACUGGAGAAGCUAGGCGACAUGGGAUCAAACCGUUUUCUGAUGUUAUCCACAGUUUAUGCAGGAUGAGAAACGUGAAAGACGCUAAAGCUUUGCUUUUGGAUAUGAUCGCUAAAGGCCUUGGAGGCGCUUUGUAA